AUGUCUACGGGCGAUAAGUUGGUGUCGAAACGAACCGGAAGACAAGCGGGGGAGCCUCAAGAGAACCGCAUGGCCCGCCACGAGGAGACAGCAUCCGAGGCACGGGACAGGCAAGGUUCGAGCUCGACCGUGGCAACAUGCUGCAGCAGCCUGGAGCCAUCUCCAAUGGUUCGUCCCACAUAUGUACAACAGGAGGUCGACGAUUUAGAGCUGGAAUCCACAGGGCGAAGUGGUUCCGAGCUCCGGGAUGCGUUCCAUCCGCCAACUGCAGCUCACAAACCCGACUACUCGGUGCGCGAACUUGAAAGGAACCUCCCCGCCGAGAGCCGCCCGGCCAACUUUGGCAUUGUGGUGCCCGGCGUCUAUCGGAGCAGCUUCCCGCAAUCCGAGGAUUAUGCCUUUAUCGAAGGACUCAAGCUCAGGACCAUUGUUACACUGGUGAAGAAGGACUUCCCCCAAGGUUACGAUGCCUUCCUUCAUAGAAAUGGCAUCAAGCAUGUCAUAUUCGACAUGAAGGGCACGAAGAAGGAGGCGAUUCCUACCGCCACCAUGCAGUCGAUUCUCCGCGUGGUGUUGGACCGCCGGAAUCACCCGUUGCUGAUCCAUUGUAACCAUGGGAAGCACCGCACCGGUUGCGUGAUUGGCGUUGUCCGGAAGCUCUCCGGCUGGAAUCUAAGCAACAUCAUCACCGAGUACAAGGCGUACGCCGAGCCGAAAGCGCGAGAGGUUGAUAUCGAUUAUAUCACGGGCUUCGAGCUGAUCGACGGCUCGAAUCUUUUUCGAGACCCGAAGCCUUCUUUCCGCGUUUCCCGCUUUACCCGGGCUGUCAUCUUUGCCUUCUUCAUUCUCAUGAUCUGGUUCGUCUCACACACGGACCUGGCAGGGGACACCAUCACGCGUGGGACUGAAGUGCGGCCACGCAAGUGA